CCACCCUCCCAGCCAUGAUCAAUGCCAAGGAAGAUGUUUCAGAUAUUAUUAACUGGUUCGUCAAGUAUGAGGAAUCAAUGGAGUUUGUUUUGAAAGGCACAAAUCAACCACUGGUCAGAAUCUUGAAAGCCUUCACCACUAUUGACAUGUCUAGGAACAAAUUCUUGGGAAAGAUUCCGGAUUCCAUUGGGAAUCUUAAUUCCCUCAAGUACUUGAAUCUGUCUCACAACAGUCUCAUUGGGAAGAUACCAUCAUCCCUUGGAAGUGUGAAAGCACUGGAAUCAUUAGACUUGUCUUCAAACCGAUUGAAUGGUGAGAUUCCUAGGCAGCUGACGAUGUUGAAUUUUCUUUCCGCAUUAAAUCUUUCAGUGAAUGAUCUUGUUGGAGAGAUUCCUCAGUCUGGCGGCCAGUUUCCGACAUUUGAUAACAGAUCCUUCAUUUCGAACUCGGGAUUAUGUGGAUUUCCUCUGACUAAAAAAUGCAAGCAAGAUCCCUUGGAUCCUCAAGAAAGAGAAGGUUCUAAUUUUGUGGAUGGAUUUAGUUGGCGACCGGUGGUUUUGGGAUAUGGAUGUGGUUUCGUCAUAGGAGUUUCGAUACGGUUGCUUCAUAAUUGAAUAUAGAAGGGCAAUAUGGUUACUUGAACUUGAACCAUUUUACAGUAUUCCAUAAUACAUUUCAACCAAUUUAUAUAUACGUUUCAACUUUGCGUGGAAUUUAUGUAGAACUCAAUAAUUUGUUCUUGUCUGAUUAUGUAAUC